AGGCGUUGGCUCUGUUAGCUCUGUGCCAUUCUGUUUCUACGCGUUCUUAAACUGAAACUGCCGGCAAUGCUGUUGCAGUGAGGGGACUGGGUGGCAUUUGGGUCUGCGCGCAACGACGUUUAACGCAACUGAACCAAGUUUAGCUAGUCAUAGUCAACACAGCCUACGCCGCAUCUGUUGCAAUAUGGGUUCGCCGUUACUAAGAGACGGUGGCGAUUUGCUGCAGCAAGUAAGCGCUGACAAUCUUGAGUUGCUAGAACAGAUUGGCCUGUUCUUGUCUCUGGAGAAAGUCGAAAAUGCAGAUAAAUUCUACAAGACGGUGGUCGGCGCCAGACUCCUCCAACACCUAUGGAAGAAGCUGACCAGAGAAGAAGAGAUCGAAGCGUAUAGGAAUGAAGCUCUGCUUGCCAUAGCAGAAUUUGUCAAGAAGAACCGAGCCACGGAAGAACAAAUCCUCAAAGAGGUACAGACCCAGAUAGAUGCUUUUGUUCAGAAGAUCCAGUAGCUGACGUGAGAGUGCUGCUUUGUGAUCGUCCUCCCAUGUACUGCCGUUUUUUUUCUUUGUAACACUGCUAUUUAUUCCGUUGCGCAGAUUCAGUUUGGGAACAAACAAAUGCAUACACACGCGAGUGAUUGCAUAGGUUUUUAUUCUUCGUGUUCCAAGAACCAUCACGACACACAGAACUUUUGCAGACGCAGUUGGAUUCAGCGAAACAUUCCAAACUUGUUGCAAAGUUAGCUGCAGAUCUCCUAGAAAGUUUUGAGAAAAGUUACAAAAGUACUGUGAACUUGUAACGUAAAUUGUUGCUAACAAAAUGAGGAUGCACGAAGAAAUUUGGCAAAGCUUCAUCUAACUGGCCAAUCACUACUAAUUGCAACUUGUUGAUCCUGUUACGAUGCCAAUCGAUAUAGUCCAUGGCUGGUGCUCUCGCAACACGAAUUUCACGAAUAACGCUGCUAAUGGAAUUCAAAUAGCUUUUGGUAAAUUGAAAAAAAAAAAACAUACAUGAAAGCAUCGAUAUCUGCAGCUUACUUUGUAAAGCACUGUCCUUGUUGCACACACAACUCUUUGUACGCUAUCUUUGUGAUGCUAUUUCUUAAGUAUAGUAUCUAUCUCAAAAUGAUCUUUAAAAAAAAAAAAAUUAAUGCGCUUGAACAACCUUUUUAAACUCUGUGGCACUACCGUAACAUGCAACAAAAAAUACACUGCUCCUUUUAUUAUAUAAGGCAUGAAGGUUAUUAUAAUAUGUGGCACAUGUGUGAGUGUCGGUUUCUUGUAUGUAUAUGAAAGGAAGAAAAAAUAUAUAGGAAUGCUCGCUCAAA